AUGCUGCUCAUAAUAAAUCUGUGUUUCCUUCUGCUGGUAAAUAAUGGGGAAUCCGCUCGGAUAUUGGGUUUCUUCCCGACGCCGUCGAUUAGCCACCAAUCGGUCUUCCAACCGGUGUGGAAAGAGCUGUCCCUCAGGGGACACGAACUCGUCGUCGUCACGACGGAUCCACUAAAGGACAAGUCACUCACGAACCUCACCGAAAUCGAUCUGCACGAUCUCUCCUACGGGAUCUGGAAGAAGCACAACAUCGGCUCUUUGGGGUCGACGUCGGAGAAGAAGAUCAGCGGAAUAAAGGCCUUCAUCGAGUUGUACACGGAUGUUUUGGAUGCGCAAUUUGGAUCGCCGGAAGUUCAAGCUCUAAUCCAUGAUAAGAACCAGAAAUUCGAUCUGAUCUUAGCCGAAUUUUUAUGGCCAACUUCUUACGCUCUUAAGGAAGUCUGGAAUGUGCCGUUGGUGGGUAUUGCUUCAAUCCCAUUCGGAUUGGGACACCACGACAUCUUCGGAAACCCCAGUCACCCUAUCACUCACCCAGAUGUGCAUCUUCCGUUCUCCGGAGAUCUCAGCUUCUGGGAAAGAGUACAGAGCGUCCUAUUCUCCUUCUCUUUCCGUAUUUACGAUAAAAGCCUCGAGAAGAUUUUCAAUAAACAAGUCAGCACUUUCUUCCCUGAAGUUAAGAAGGAUAUCAGAGUUUUGGAACGUCAAGCUAGUUUGGCCUUCGUUAGCGUGAACCCUGGUAUUUACGUGCCAAGACCAAAUGUACCAAAUGUGAUCGAAAUUAGCGGAAUGCACAUCAAACCACCAAAACCUCUACCAAAGGAUUUGAAACAAUAUUUGGAUAACUCCAUGCGCGGCGUCAUCUACUUGAGCUUCGGAUCCAACGUCAAGAGCAACUUGCUACCAAAAGACAAGCUCCAAAUGAUCAUGGAUGCUUUGAGUGAACUUCCUUACGAUGUCCUGUGGAAAUUCGAAGCGGAUCUGCCCAACAAACCUAAGAAUGUCCAAAUCAGGAAUUGGUUACCGCAGCAGGACAUUUUAAGACAUCCCAAUGUUAAGCUCUUCAUCAUGCAAGGAGGUCUCCAAUCCAUCGAAGAGGCUAUCUACUCUAAAGUACCAUUGGUCGUCGUGCCUUUCUUCGCUGAUCAACCGGGAAAUGCAAGGAAAGUCGAGGAUAUCGGUAUUGGACGUAGGCUCGAUUUCUUGGACUUGACCAAACAGAAGUUAAUCGAGACUGUUCACAAAGUCAUGGAUGAUCCAUCUUGCAAGGAAAAAAUCACGAAUUUGGCAAACGUCGCUUUGGACAAACCUAUGUCGGCCUUGGACACUGUGGUCUGGUGGACGGAGUACGUAAUCCGCCAUAAGGGAGCGUACCAUCUGCGAAGCCCUGCCAUCCACAUGCCGUAUUACAAGUACUUCAUGCUCGAUGUAUUCGGUUUCUUAGCAGUGUGCGGCUUCACCAUCAUCUACGUCUUCAUGAAGCUCACCAAAAUGUUGCUCACCUGCCGUUUCGUACUGUAA